GGGGACGCGCCGGGGAUCGCGGAGGGAGCUUUGCCUCAGCCCCUAGAGCCCAGCGGCGGUGAAUGGACCGCUAGGCGGGCGCGGCCUGGUCAGUCAGGCGGGACUGUGAGGGGCGGUAGUAUUGCUUGUCCUGCUGGGCAGCGCUGGGGCCUCUGGGACACCUCGGCGAAGCACGGCCUGAGGGGUUCAGUUAGGGCUGGGGCGGAGGUCAGCCGGCGGACGGGAGACAAGUGGGGCGGGGAAGGCAGUAAAGCCGACCCGGCCGCCGCUACGAGGGCUAAGGAUGAGAAGCCGCGGGAGAGGCGCGCGAUCUGCUGUUAACUUAGCUGCGCCGGCGAUUCCAGCUGCAUGUUAAACGUCUGAAUCCUCACGUGACUACCAUGGCUGCAGGAGCCUUGCCUCAAAAUGAACAACCAUAUUCUACAUUGGUGAAUAACAGUGGAUAUGCUGCAAACAUGAAAGGAAAUUCAGGACGUCCAACGCCAAAGUAUACAAAAGUUGGAGAGCGUUUGCGGCAUGUCAUUCCUGGACAUGUGGCCUGUUCUGUGGCAUGUGGUGGCAAAGCUUGCAAGUAUGAAAAUGCAGCUCGCUGGAGUGAACAGGAACAAGCUGUUAAAGGGGUCUACUCAUCCUGGGUCACUGAUAAUAUCCUGGCCAUGGCACGCCCAUCCACUGAGGUCCUGGAGAAGUUCUGUAUCAUUGAGCAGUUCCGAAGCCAUGGGAUAAAAAGUAUCAUUAACCUGCAGCGUCCUGGUGAGCAUGCCAGCUGUGGGAACCCUCUGGAACAAGAAAGUGGCUUCACAUAUCUUCCUGAAGCUUUCAUGGAGGCUGGCAUUUAUUUCUACAACUUUGGAUGGAAGGAUUAUGGUGUAGCAUCCCUUACCACCAUCUUAGAUAUGGUGAAGGUGAUGACAUUUGCCUUACAAGAAGGAAAAGUAGCUAUCCAUUGUCAUGCAGGGCUUGGUCGAACAGGUGUUUUAAUAGCAUGUUACUUAGUUUUUGCAACAAGAAUGACUGCUGACCAAGCAAUUAUAUUUGUUCGGGCAAAGCGACCUAAUUCCAUACAAACUCGAGGACAGCUACUCUGUGUAAGGGAAUUUACUCAGUUUCUGAUUCCUCUUCGCAAUAUAUUCUCUUGCUGUGACCCCAAGGCACAUGCUGUCACCCUAGCACAGUAUCUCAUUCGUCAGCGGCAUCUGCUUCACGGAUAUGAGGCACGACUUCUGAAACACAUACCCAAAAUUAUUCACCUCGUUUGCAAAUUGCUGCUGGACUUAGCUGAGAACAGGCCAGUGGUGACAGAAGAAGUGGCCGACAUACCUGGCCUCUCAGCUGAAAUUGAAAAGACUGUUUCUGAGAUGAUCACAAGGCAGCUGGAUAAGGAGUUACUGAGACAUGACAGUGAUGCAUCAGACACUUUCACCCCCAAUGCAGUGGUGAUGGAUUUUGAGAAUCAGGAUGUGGUUCUUUCCAGUGAGCAAGAGUUGGACCCUCUUUGGAAGAGGCGGAAUGUCGAGUGUCUUCAGCCCCUGGCUCAUCUGAAAAGGCAGCUCAGCUACAGUGACUCAGAUUUAAAAAGGCCCGAGUCGCUUCUGGAGCAAGGGAGGACUCCAUGGACAGUGCCUGCCCAAGCCUUGCUUUGCCAUAAUCCCAGGCAGCAGAAGCACAUAAGCCGUUGUUACUACCCACAGUCUCCACAACUAGAUUUAAAUAAGGAAACGCUGGUCCGCAAUACAUUUUCUUUCUGGAAUCACACUAAAUUUGGAGUCCCAGAGGGACUCAAAGAUGAUGGGUCAUCAGUUUUCCAUAGGACGAGCAUUCCAAAGGAAGUACAGAGAAGUAGAACCUUCUCUUCAGGAAUUUCAGGUUCAUACAACCCUGGGGAACCAGUCGCACCAAACUUUGCAAAUAUUCCUAAGGGACCAAACUGUUCUCAACAGAAAGUAUACCACUGUGAGUGUGAAAGUCACGGUGGUCGUGGCCCAAGCUCUGUUGCAGAGGAUGGUGAGACUUGCCGCCGCCCUGUGGACUGUGGGUCCAGUCCCAAAGCACAGUUCUUGGGGAAUGAAACUCAGAACAGCAAAUACCUGUCUGAAGUUGCUGCACAUAUGGCUUUACAGUCUGAGUUGAGUGUUGAAGCAAGGAGAAUACUGGCAGCCAAAGCCCUGGCAAAUUUAAAUGAGAUUGCAGAAAAGGAGGAAGUGAAAAAGAAGGUAGAAAUGUGGCAGAAAGAACUAAAUUCCCGAGAUGGAGCUUGGGAAAGAAUAUGUGGCGAGAAGGAUCCUUUCAUCCUGUGCAGUUUGAUGUGGUCUUGGGUGGAGCAGCUAAAGGAGCCUGUGAUAACCAAAGAGGACAUGGACAUGUUGGUUGACAGAUGUGCAGAUGCCUCGGAAGCACUGUUCUUAUUAGAAAAGGGCCAGCAGCAAACUAUUCUUUGCGUGUUGCAUUGCAUAGUGAGCCUGCAGACGAUUCCUGCAGAUGUGGAGGAAGCUGUUCUUGCCCGUGCCAUUAAAGCUUUCACUAAGGUUAAUUUUGAUUCUGAAAAUGGACCAAUAGUCUACAACACCCUGAAGAAGAUAUUUAAGCACACACUGGAAGAAAAAAGAAAAAUGACAAAAGAUAGCCCUGGGCCUGGCAUUUAGUGACGCUGACUUUCCCUUCAUGACUGUUUCAGACUUGAAGAUCUGAGUGGCAUUUCUGCUCAUAGCUGAACAAAUUGAAGUGUGGAACUGCUUCGUUUCAUAGCACUGUAUUUCAGAUGCUCUCGGUUUGUGCUCAGAAAUGCUUGUUCCUGUUUGGAGCAAUUAUUUAUUUUAAAAUAUCCUUCAGUUAUAUUAUGUUAAAAAAUUGCCAUAAAGUCAGUGCCACUUCUUUUAUUUAUGUAUUUAUUUAACUGAAUUAAUAUUGUUGUAUUAAUAUUUUAAGAAUGUGGUAUUUACAUCCUUGUUCUUUUUUGACAUUUUGGGAAAAGUUGUAACUCCUCUUUCCAAAACAAUUAUUUUGUUGAUGGAGCUCUUCUCUUUAUUGAUGGAAUUAUCUGUUUACCAAAUAGAUAAUUUUAAUAGUAAAACUUUAAUGUGUAUGCCCUGAUACAUGACCUUAAGGAAGUCACCAAGUGUCUUAACUGUAUGAUAUUUGUUAUAAGAAGGCUAUUGUUACAUUUUAAAGGAUUUUUUUACAUUUGUUUGAAUUUUUUGUUUUUUCUUUUUAUAAAUGUGGCAAAGAGUCUCAAACGUAUUAUUUUUGUGAGUGUUUUAGUUUUACCUUAAAGGAUUGACAGUACAGUGUUUGGGACUUUUUACUGUAGGAAAUAGGCUUGCUCUUUGUCAGGCUUCCUGACAACCUCACUGACCUCUGCUGUCAGAGGCAGAAGGAACAGUUCUUAACACAUCAAGCCUUAUUUCCACUCUCCUGGGCUGUUGCUGAGCUGAGCAGCAUCUUUACAGAGAAAGUAGGAUCGGUGACAAGCAGUGUAGGAAGCUGCAGGACUCCAGCAGAGCUGUCUUACAGGGGCGGGCGCCAUAGCCACAGCCACUCCCCAGAGGCGGUUCUGUUCAUGCUGAUGGGGUGAUAGAGCAUGAGCGUCAGCCCACACGUCCUAACUCUACUGUUUCAUAGACCCAGUUGCCUCAGGGCUUUAUCUUUGGUUGCUUUUCUGUGAGAAUUUAGAUGUUUAAAUUGAAUUUGACUCAUUGUAGGCUGCAUUCACCCUACUGGUUUUAGAUAAGAGGAAGUAAUUGCCUAAAUUAUUUAGUUCCUUAUAAACCAAACUAUCAGUAAUCAAAGCCAUUAAAUAAUAUUUAAGUGAAUAUGUGGGGCACAAGAGGCCAAGACUCUUAUUUUCCCAAUAAAAGUGAUACUAAACCAGUUUCAAACUAAAGCUACUACUUAAUCUUAAAGACAAAAUUUCAGAGAGAGUAACUAAUUUACAAGAAAUGAAAUUUCUCCAGCUUGUACAUUUCUGAAUCAACUCUAGUACAUCAAAAAUGUCUGUCAUUAUUGGUCUUACUAACUCUAGUGGCAAAUGCCAUACUGUUUGAAUUUUUAGGAAAUCAAAUCCAGUGAAUUUUAGUGAACUGGUUUGCCCAUUCCUGAAAUUUCUUAUUUUCAAGUGCCUGAUCUGGGAAAGACAGGGAGAAAACAAUUACAUUUAUCCAAAGGUACAUUAAUAAAGAUAAUGUAUUUUAUACCUAAAAAGAUAUCUAUCCUCAUCUUUGUCGGUCUCAAAUGAUCAUUUCAGAUUAGAGGAUAGAUCCUGCACAGCCAUGCUGUGACCACAGCAGUGCCUGCCUAAAAUCUAAGUGUACCACUCUGAAAAAGAGAGAUGGUGUGAUGAAUCAGGUUGUAUACAGGUUUUGUAUUUAUUUGAAUAAAAGUGGGGAAAAAG